AUGAGGCGGGGGCUCGGGAAGCGCAAGGCCGAGGCCGCGGAGGCUCCACACGUGUCUCGGAGGAAAGAGGAAGAUGAGGCGGUGCAGGAGACCUGGAGGAGGGUGGCCCCGUCCGUGCGAGAGUUCAAGUACAACAAAAAGCGGGUUCGCCUGGUCUCGCAGGGUUCGGAUCUGAAGGAGGAUGCCCGGUGCAUCCUUUACUGGAUGUCCCGGGACCAGCGUGUACAAGAUAACUGGGCUUUCCUCUACGCCCAGCGCCUGGCUCUCAAACAGGAGCUGCCCCUGCAUGUCUGCUUUUGCCUGGUGCCCAAAUUCCUGGAUGCCACCAUCCGCCACUACAGUUUCAUGCUGAGGGGCCUGCAGGAGGUGGCCAAGGAGUGUGCAGAGCUGAACAUCCCCUUCCACUUGCUGCCGGGCUACGCCAAGGAUGUGCUGCCCACUUUUGUGGUGGAGCAUGGCGUGGGUGGGCUGGUGGCAGACUUCUGCCCCCUCCGCCUUCCUCGGCAGUGGGUAGAGGAUGUCAGAGAGAGGUUGCCAGAAGAUGUGCCGUUUGCCCAGGUUGAUGCCCACAACAUCGUGCCCUGCUGGGUUGCUUCCCCCAAGCAGGAGUACAGUGCCAGGACCAUCCGGGGCAAGAUCCACGCUCAACUCCCUGAGUUCCUCACUGAAUUCCCUCCCAUCAUUCGUCACCCAUAUACCUCCUCCUGCUUGGCACAGCCCAUUGCUUGGGAGGUCUGUUAUUCCAGCUUGCAGGUGGACCGCACUGUAAAGGAGGUGGAGUGGGCAACUCCUGGCACAGCUGCAGGGCUGGCUGUGCUGCAGUCCUUCAUCACAGAGAGGCUGAAAUCCUUUGGCUCCCAUCGGAAUGACCCCAACAAGGCAGCACUCAGCAACCUGUCCCCAUGGUUCCACUUUGGCCAGGUUUCCACCCAGAGAGCCAUCCUGGAGGUGCAGAAGCACCGGGGCAAGUACAAGGAGUCAGUGGAUGUGUUCGUGGAGGAGGCUGUGGUGCGGCGGGAGCUGGCUGAAAACUUCUGCUACUACAAUGAGAACUACGACAGUGUGCAAGGUGCCUAUGAUUGGGCACAAACUACCCUGAAGCUCCACAGCAAAGACAAGAGGCCUUUUCUCUACAAGUUAGAAGAGCUGGAGCAUGGGACCACGCAUGACCCACUCUGGAACGCUGCCCAGCUCCAAAUGGUCCGAGAGGGCAAGAUGCAUGGCUUCCUGCGCAUGUACUGGGCCAAGAAGAUCCUGGAGUGGACUCACUCCCCUGAGGAGGCCCUGAAGUUUGCCAUCUACCUCAAUGACCGCUAUGAGCUGGAUGGGAGAGACCCCAAUGGAUACGUAGGCUGCCUGUGGUCCAUCUGUGGCAUACACGACCAGGGCUGGGCGGAGCGGGCCGUCUUCGGGAAGAUCCGAUACAUGAACUACGCCGGCUGCCAGCGCAAGUUCGACGUGCGCCAGUUCGAGCGUCGCUACGCCCCCUGCACGCCCUCCCCGUGA